GCCGCCGGCAGGCGCACGCCGAGCGCCCUGGGAGCAGUCAUGGCAGACGGUCCGGUGGCGGAGGUGCUGCUGCAGCGGCUGGAGGCGGCCGAUGGCGGCUUGGACAGCGCUGAACUGGCGGCCGAGCUGGGCGUAGAGCAUCAGACCGUGGUGGGCGCCGUGAAGAGCCUGCAGGCGCUGGGUGAGAUAAUCGAGGCUGAGCUGCGUUCCACCAAGCGCUGGGAGCUUACCGCUGAGGGCGAGGAGAUUGCCCGGGAAGGCAGCCAUGAGGCCCGGGUGUUUCGCAGCGUCCCCCCAGAGGGCCUGCCCCAGAGCGAGCUCAUGCGACUGCCCAGUGGCAAGGUGGGCUUCAGCAAGGCCAUGUCCAACAAGUGGAUCCGAGUGGACAAGAGUGCUGCCGACGGGCCCCGGGUGUUCAGAGUGGUGGAUAGCGUGGAGGAUGAGGUGCAGCGGCGGCUUCAGCUGGUCCAGGGUGGACAGGCCGAGAAGCUGGGAGAGAAGGAGAGGAGCGAGCUCAGGAAGAGGAAGCUGCUGACUGAAGUGAACCUGAAGACCUACUGGGUGAGCAAAGGCAGUGCCUUUAGCACCAGCAUCUCCAAGCAGGAAACAGAGCUGAGCCCAGAGAUGAUCUCCAGUGGCUCCUGGCGGGAUCGGCCCUUCAAGCCCUACAAUUUCUCGGCCCAUGGCGUCCUCCCUGACAGCGGCCACCUGCACCCCCUGCUCAAGGUCCGCACCCAGUUCCGGCAGAUCUUCCUGGAGAUGGGGUUCACCGAGAUGCCGACCGACAAUUACAUUGAGAGCUCCUUCUGGAACUUUGACGCACUCUUCCAGCCCCAGCAGCACCCAGCACGGGACCAGCAUGACACCUUCUUCCUGCGAGAUCCAGCCCAGGCCCAGCAGCUCCCAAUGGACUAUGUCCAUCGCGUCAAGCGGACCCACUCUCAAGGUGGCUACGGUUCACAGGGGUACAAAUACAACUGGAAACUGGACGAGGCUCGGAAAAACCUACUGCGCACCCACACCACGUCGGCCAGCGCCCGCGCCCUCUACCGCCUGGCCCAGAAGAAGCCCUUCACAGCGGCCAAAUACUUCUCCAUUGAUCGUGUGUUCCGGAAUGAGACCCUAGAUGCCACGCACCUGGCCGAGUUCCACCAGAUCGAGGGCGUCGUGGCUGACCACGGCCUCACGCUAGGCCACCUCAUGGGCGUCCUGCGGGAGUUCUUCACCAAGCUGGGUAUCACCCAGCUGCGUUUCAAGCCGACCUACAACCCUUACACCGAGCCCAGCAUGGAAGUGUUCAGCUACCACCAAGGCCUGAAGAAGUGGGUGGAGGUUGGAAACUCUGGGAUCUUCCGCCCCGAGAUGCUGCUGCCCAUGGGACUCCCUGAGAAUGUGUCAGUCAUUGCCUGGGGCCUCUCCCUUGAGCGCCCGACAAUGAUCAAAUACGGCAUCAACAAUAUCCGGGAGCUGGUGGGCCACAAGGUGAACCUGCAGAUGGUGUACGACAGUCCCCUGUGCCGCCUAGAUGCCGAACGGGGGCCCCCGUCGACACAGGAGGCCGCAUGACACGAACCGCCCUGGAUAGGCCGCCUUCCCCAAGACCCUGCUACCCUUUGCAUCCCUGCCAGUGACCCCCUUGUACUUACGAGACCUCUGUGAGGCCAGUCCCCCUGCCCCUGGUAUCUCCUCUUCCCCACUGGCCCCAGGGUCCCAGGGACAGGGGAGCGGGUAGCAGGUUCAUUCUGUUGUCCACCUGUGAGGGUGGGCCUUGGGGAGCCCUGCAGACCAGCUGCUGGCUAAUAAAGUGGGCACUUGCCCUCAUCUGGUGCCUUUCCUUAGGGGUGGAGGGGUGCUGGAGCCCCGGGUGUGAGGCGUGGUGGGUUGGAGGUCUUGGAUCUUCAGGAACCCCUGGCCAGCCUGAGCCAGAUCCCUCCAGGGAAGACUAGCUCCAUCAGGCAUUUACUGAUUUACCUCCUGGUGCCAGGUUCUUCUAGGUGAAGGGAACAGAACCCCCUACCCCUGUGGAAGGGGCAUUUGGGAAGGGGAGGCCAAGGCGGGCGUCGGGGCCCCAGGAGUCAGCAUUCCCACCAACUGGGAGCCAGCAUUGGUGGGGUGGGGCGUAUAGCAAGCUAAGCCUUUAAAGCUGCGCUUUUUGUUUUUUUAAGAGCAGUUUUAGGUUCAUAGCAAAAUUGAGUGGAAGGUAAAGGGAUUUCCUAUAAACCCCCUGCCUUGACACAUCAUAAUGACCCAAAGUCCAUAGUGUACAUUACAGUUGAUUCCCUGUGUUGUAUGUAGGUUUGGACAAACGUAUGAUGACGUGUAUUCAUUCACUAUUAUGGUAUCAUAGAGAGUAUUUUCACUGCUCUGAAAGUCCUCUGUGCUCCACACAUUCACCCCUUUCUCGUCCCCCUAAAAUUACUACUCUUAAAAAAAAAAAAAAACUCAAGGAUUUCAAAUGAGCCCAGAAUAGAGAUGAAUGCGUAGGAUAAAGCUCCAUGAACCCACCACUCACACUGGACAGUGAGCAGCAUCUCACACCUGUUUCUAUGGGAAUAUUUCAAAGCCAAUCCAAGUCACCACGUCGCUCAGCCCAGAUCUUCAGGGGCAGCACGCUUUUGGAAACAGACAAUUUUUUAUGUAACCAUGAGGCCACUUUUAUACCCAGGGCAGUUGGCAGUCAGCUGAGACCAUGGGUUUUGCUGGUCCCAGGGCCUGGGGGCACCAAUCUUCCAAGGGCUCCUCACUCAAAUCUUUUGUUUAUUUAUAAUUAAAUAAUCCAGGAAUACAGAAAAAUAUUCCUUCAUUCAAUAAAUGUACACCUUUAUUUUUUUAGUUUUUUUAUUGAGGUAUGGCUGAUUUGCAAUGCUGUGCCAAUCUCUGCUGUACAGUGAAGUGACCCAGUUAUACACAUAUAGACAUUCUUUUUUAGUAUUUUUUUUCUUUCUUUUUUUUUUUUUUGCGGUACGCGGGCCUCUCACUGUUGCGGCCCCUCCCGUUGCGGAGCACAGGCUCUGGAUGGGCAGGCUCAGUGGCCAUGGUUCACGGGCCCAGCCGCUUCGCGGCAUGUGGGAUCUUCCCAGACCGGGGCACGAACCUGUGUCCCCUGCAUCGGCAGGCGGACUCUCAACCACUGUGCCACCAGGGAAUCCCUCUUUUUUAAUAUUCUUUUCCAGUAUGGUUUAUCAUAGGAUAUUCAAUAUAGCUUCCUGUGCUAUACAUUAGGACCUUGUUGUCCAUUUGUUCUAAAUGUAAUAGUUUGAAACGUGCAUCUCUUAAGUGCCAGCAGUGUUCAUGAGCUGAAGACCCAGCAGUGGGCAAAGCUGGCUCAGGUCCCUGCCUUCAGGAGCUGACGUGGG